UAGUGUUCUCAAAAUGUGUUAUUAAGGAGAAGGUAUGUUUGACUCCUGGCUGUGUUAAGGCUGCGGCUACUGUUCUGGAUAUGAUUGAUAAAGAACAAGAUCCUUGCAAUGAUUUUUAUGACUUUGCCUGUGGAAAUUUUAUCAAAGAAUCAGUAAUUGCUGAUCAUGAAACAACAAAAGGAGCUUUUACUCUUGUUCGUGAUAAGCUUUACGAAAGACUUAGGAAACUAUUUGAGUCUAAAUCCAAACCUAAUGAACCUGCGGUAUUUGAAUCUGUUAGGAAAUAUUAUAAGAGCUGUAUGGAUCAGGCUAGUAUAGAGGAUACAAGUAGAAAAACUAUGCUUGAGCUGGUGGAUAAGCUAGGAGGCUGGCCAACUCUUCAAGGAGAUAAAUGGAAGGAAGAUAAAUUCACCUGGCACGCUGUUGAUGAGGCUGCAAACAUUAUUGGACUUGAUAGCGGGAACAUCUUAAGUUUUGGAAUCUCCACAAACCCCGAUAACAGCACUAUGAGGAUGAUGGAGGUGGACCAACCCAGUUUAGGACUUGAACGAGAAUAUCUGAUUAAAGGAUUCGAGGACGGUGAUGUUCAAGCUUAUUACAAGUAAGUCUAUUCAGGAAAUUUUGAGA